UCGAUAUACAAUAUCGAAUCGGUCGACACAAUGGUAAAUGUUGAAUAGAACAGCAGCACUUGUGAGUUGGUUCUCUGAGGUGAAUUUCGCGUGGAAACAAAACAAAGAAACAGCUGACAUGUCUUACUUACCCGAUUUGACAGAGGAGGCUGAAGCAGUCAGUCCAGAAGAACUGUAUCUUAAUAGCCUCCUUCAAAGGACAGCAGGUCUCGAUUACUCUCCACUGCUCUCCAGAGAUGAUCUAAAAGUGUCCGGACAGCUACCUAAAGCUGCUCUAAAAGAGGUUUUGCUGGACAAACCAGGCCAUGUAACAUCACUCAGUCAGAUACUUGGUAUUAAAAGGCCUUACAGAAAGAGAGGCAGUGGAGCUGAUUGCUUCUGGAAGUACUGUGUCUAACUGUGGCAGAGGAAAAAAACAUCCAGCUCUAAGAACUAUACAUAUAGUGUGCACAUGUAUUAAAAUUCUUUCAGACACCAGUACUGUAUGGAUUAAUGUCCAGUAAUAAUUAAACACUCAAUAUUCCUUUGUUCAAGUACUGUAUUACUGUAUUUACUUAAAUGUUCUUUUGGAAAAAUAAAUAUAUUUGGACACUUUA